UUAUCUCAAAAUCAUGUCUUUAGUGUUGCUCAAGGUCAAACUUCCAAAUAUGACCGACUGGCACAACUAUUUACUAUUAUAGUAAUCAACAGUAUAAGAUCAACAGCCACACAAUGUUUUUAUUUUCAGAUGUCGGAAGAAAAGCCGGUAUUACUUAGAGCUAUAUCAACAAAUAGCAAUGGCUCUUCAGCCUUCUCUCAGGAAUAUAACGAAUUCCUUAAGUCUGAAGGUGCAGCGUGUAUGUUUGAUAUGAAUUGUUUUUCAUCAGAUGACGGAGCAGUAUCGACUGAUAUUAGUGCCACAGGAAAGACUCCCUGUUUGGAUGAUUAUCCUGGUAAACUUGACUUUCGGAUCGAACUGUCUGACGAUAUCAGAGGCGAGGCCGAAACGGUGACGUCAAAAGUUAACUGCACCUAUUCCGAUGCUCUGGACAAAAUUUUCAUCAAGAAGAACGUUCUAUGUCUCCUCACUUUUAAAGUGAAUCGGUUAAGUUCAGGGUUGCAAGUCCGACUUUUGCCAGUGUUUGAGUCUUCUGAGCACCUGGAAUGUUCAGUUGUCCGUUGUCCGUUUCAUCAAUCACAAGACGUGAUAGCCCACAGGAGGCAUAUCAUUAGGUGCAAUAGCGUUGGCGUAGCCUAUGACGACGACGAGUCCUCUUCACGCUUGUCAACUGUCAUCCCACUUCAGGACAAUGUCACAGAAUCAUCUCAUUUUGUCAGUUUCGCCUGUCUGAGUACAUGUACUGGAGGCAUCAACCGUCGGGCAUUGAAGCUGUGCUGCACUUUGGAAAGAAAACAAAAUGUGAUUGGCAGACGAAGCAUUGGACUCAAAAUAUCCACGUGCCCAGGGCGCGAAAGGAAAAAUGAAGAGCGCAAAAUGGCAUGCGAAAAUCGAGGAGAUUCGGCGCAGAGUCUAAAACGAAGACCUCCGAACGUUUCAAAUCAUCAGAUGUCAGUACGAGCAAAGAUUCCAAAGCAGUUUGAAGACAACAAUAACGAAGAUCUGCAACCGGAUUCUGAUGGAGUUUAUCGGAUAAAAAUUGAAGUGACCGACGAGUUACUAGCAAGACACGCCUACUUGCAGAAAGCUUUGAUCGAAAACGCCGACAACUAUCAUUCUACAGGGGGAUAUUUUUUUGCCAAUCGACCGCCAAGAACAGUGUCAACCUCAACUGUCAGAGAUGAAAGUAGGACACCAACUAGCGUCAUGGAUUUCUGAACGGAAACUUAUAAGUGUUCUCUUAAUGAUGAACAACAGCGUUUUUUGAAAACUAGACGCAUAACAAGCAAGUUAUUGUAGUACAAUUUGUUGUAAAGCAUUCAAUAUCAGUUAAAUGGCAUGCGCUGAAUUUAUCCUCCCAGAUUUGAUGUGCAAUUUAUGUUAUUAAGUGUCAAUGAACGUAGUGAAUAUAGUUAUAUAAAUCUGGUUGAUUUG